AUGACUAUAAAGUUGGUGGUGGGUGAGGGUACUUUAAAUGUCGUUAGCGCGUACGCACCACAAGCAGGCUUGGAUGAGGAUAUUAAAAGGCAAUUUUGGGAGGGGUUGGAUGAGAUUGUUCGUAGUAUACCGCCUUCUGAGAGGUUAUUCAUAGGAGGAGAUUUCAAUGGUCAUAUUGGGUUAUCUGCAGGUGGGUACACUGAGGUGCAUGGCGGAUUUGGUUUCGGAGAGCGGAACGGAGGGGGCAUUGCGCUGUUGGACUUUGCCAAGGCUUUCGAUCUAGUCAUUGCAAACUCGAGUUUUACGAAGCGGGAUGAACAUUUGGAGAUGCGACAGAAGGUUGUGCGAGAACUGCAAGGUUAUCUCAAGUGA